UUCUGCCCAGGAUGGCCCUCCAGCAGGGAGGAUGGCAGGUGAGUGGUUGGCUUGGGGCUUUAGCUGUGACCAGGAAAGCUGCCAGGAUGCGUGGUGGCAGCGGCUGGAGGGCGGUUGGUGGGGUGGGCCGAGUUUCGGCCUGACGCCAUGUAGCUCCAGGCCCUGACUCUCCCAGGCUGGUGUGAUGUGGAGACCUGAGGGAGAAGCCUGGGCUCCACGGGACAGCAGCCCACCUCAGGGCCACAGGCUAUGUUUUCAUGGGGGCAGUGCCUCCAGACCCUCACCUGGGGUCCAGGUAUGUGACUGGGGCUGUGGGGAUGCACUUGGCUUCCUGGUCAGGGACCUCAGUGCCCCGUGAGGUCACAGGCAGUAGAUUCCCACACAACGCUGGCACUGCCGCCCUGGCAUGCGUUUCAGCAACAAGGAGCAGCGAGAUGCCCUUGGUCAGUCAGCUGGCUGCAGGACACAGCCUUCCUGGUCUGGCCCAACCCCAGUAAGCCAUCUGAGAUAGGCAGAGAGAGGGUCCCAAGGUGAACCGCAUCUGGUCCCGAGUGCAGAUCCGUCCUUGGGGGUCCCCAAAGGGCAUGCCUGCAUGGUUCAACUGCCGACCCCACCCCAAGAGGUGCAUAAAGCUUUGGGGACUGACCCCUGUCCUCCACCUCCCCCCACAGAGAAAGCUCCCAGAGACAGAAGUCCCCUCCCUUGGGCCUGCUGCCGCUGGGUAGUGGCUGUCAACCAGGAGCCCAGCGUACACUAGCUGGAAACUGCUGUCCCUCCUGGCCCCCCGAGCCUCCUGGGUUUCACUGUGGGAGCCGUUUUGUCCAGAUUGGCCCUCCAGCAGGGAAGAUGGCAGAUGACGUCCUCGCAGACAUAAGUCCCAUUCCUCGGGCCCGGUGUUGAUGGCCAGUGGCACUCAACCAGGUGGCCAGCAUGCAAGAGGUGGAAACUCGGGUCCUUCCUGGCCCCCCGGCCGCCUACCUUGAGCUGUGGGAGCCCUUCUGCCCAGGAUGGCCCUCCCGCAGGGAGGAUGGCAGAGAAAGCUCCCAGAGACAGAGUUCCCCUCCCUUGGGCCUGCUGCCGCUGAGCAGUGGCUGUCAACCAGGAGCCCAGCGGGCACUAGGUGGAAACUACUGUCCCUCCUGGGUCCCCGAGCUUCCUGGAUUUCACUGUGGGAGCCGUUCUGCCCAGGUUGCCUCUCCAACAGGGAAGAUGGCAGGGUGGCCAAGGCACCAGAUCGAGCUGGGGUGUCCCUUCACCAUGAAUAGCUGGCUAAAUGCUGGGCAGCUUCAGGGAGCCCUUCGCCCAGCAGGGAGGAUGGCAGAGAAAGCUCCCAGAGACAGAGGUCCCCUCCCUUGGGCCUGCUGCCGCUGGGCAGUGGCUGUCAACCAGGAGCGCAGCGUGCACUUAGUGGAAACUGCUGUCCCUCCUGGGCCCCCAGCCUCCUGGAUUUCACUGUGGGAGCCGUUCUGCCCAGGUUGGCCCUCUGGCAGGGAAGAUGGCAGAUAAGGACUCCUGAAGAAGUACACCUUUAGCCUGCUGCCACCUAGAACCUGACUGUACCCAUUUUCAACCCAGAUGUCCUGCCCUGAAUGUACCUGAACUUCAGUUCAUCCUAGCAUCAGGGUCUAUUGUGGGCAUUCUUGUCUCCAGUGUGAUUGGAUGAGUCACGAGCUUGCCUGUGCAGAGACUGCUGCUGCCCAAGGACUGAGACAGAAGGGUUCUGGGAAGCUUCUGGAGUUGCCAUGACAGCCAGCUUCACUAAAGUCAAGUCAAAUGUCUGCCUAUGCUGCUAUCUGCUACGAGCUGAAUGCAGGUGAUAAAUUGUUAGGAGCACCAAUAACUACUUAUUUAUUGGUAGUGGACUUUACUGAAUCAAGGAUGAGUACAGGUUAAAAGCAAGAAUAAGUCACCGUACUUCAGGGAAGAGAGAAAGGCUGGAAUCUGCUCCUUCACUUCAGAGGAUGGGAGACAGAGUCUCACUAUUGCCCUCAGUAGAGUGCCGUGGCGUCACACAGCUCACAGCAACCUUCAACUCCUGGGUUUAGGCGAUUCUCUUGCCUCAGCUUCCCGAGUAGCUGGGACCACAGGCACCCACCACAACGCCCGGCAAUUUUUUGCUGCAGUUUGGCCGGGGCUGGGUUUGAACCCGCCACCUUCCGUAUAUGGGGCCGGCUCCCUACACACUCAGCAACAGGCACCACCCCAUUAAAAUGUUUUCUCAAUCAUUCAACAAUCCUUUUUUUCCCUUCUUCAUACCAGUAUUAUGCCAUGACAAUAUUCUCAAAUUGUUACCCCAAAAGAAAGCUCAUUUUCCGCAGUGUUCAGUUCAAUAAUGGGCAUCUGGGGAACCCCAUUUAACCUGAUCUGCCCUAUCACUUUUUCCCAGAACUCCAUCUUGGUUGUGUGAUGUUGGGCUAAGUCCUUAACUUCUUUAAGUCUCAAUGUCUUCAUUUGUAAAGGGGAUGGUAAAAGAGGUAAUGUGUUGCAAAGGACUUGACUCAGUGCCUGGAACAUAAUAAGUGCUCAAUAAAUGUUAAUGAAUGAAUGGAUGAAAUUGUCUUAGGUUUGAGUUUCCCUAAGAAACAGUUCCUGAGAUGAUGAUUUGCGUGCGACUAAUUUAUUUGGAGAUGAACCCAUGACACAUUGGAUCUAAUCUAAAACACAUGAAUUACCAGUAAUACUGUCUACUAAAUAAAAGUUCAAGAUAUCUUUGUAGUUCUUUUUGUCCUUAAGCUAAAUUCCCCUAAAGAUAUUCAAUGUAUUGUGUCCAGAAGUUUUCUGAAUUCUUAUUAGUUUGAUAUAGUGUAUAGUUAGGUUUAUAUGUUUCUGUCUAUGGAAAUGUUGGAGCUUGAUUCUCUCAUCCCUGUUAAUUUAAUUUUAGUUUUGAAAAUGUAAAACAUUUUGGUGUUUCAAGCAUCAAAACCACAUAAAAAGAUAUACUCAGAAAGGUUUUACUCUAUCAUCCCUUCAACUUCAUUCUCAUCUCUUUUAUUCUUUUAGUUUUUUCUAAGUUUCUUUUUGUAAAAAAAUAAGCCUAUAAGCACACACCCCCCCAAACAAAUAUACAUAUAUUAAUGUGUAUAUUUUUUAUUUGUUAUAAUUAUUGUCUCUUUCCUUUUAUUUCCUGAGAUUUUUUUUUUAAUGUCUAAUUUUUACUAGGAUACAAUUUGAAGAUGAAUAUUUAGAGUCAGUUUUCCAAGUUCACAAUGAGGGUUUUGUCAAUGUUUUCAACAUACCGAUUCAAGUAUUUUUUUUCUA